GGAGAGUGGGUGAGGUUCAAAGCCAACCUACGUUGAAGGGGGAGGGGCCAAGGCGGGGCUAUGCUCUCUUUCUUACUCUCUCACUCUCUCUUUCUUUCUCCCUUUCUACAUACGCAACAAAGGGAGGAGGACGAGGAGGAGGAGGUAAAGGGAAAGAGGGCAGCUAAGUUCUCAUUCCAGCCAGCCUGGGUUCUUCACAUCACAAACUCUGCCGCGACUUAAACGGUGAAGGCCCUGCUUCGUAACUGGCCAUAUCUAGCCCCCCCCCCCCCCGGGCUGCACUUCUGCCCCUCUCAUUGCGUUGUCUCUGCAUCAGAUCGACGUCGCAUUUGUACUGCCUUGUGCUCUGCUAUCAUGCCUGCCAUCAAUGGCGAGCGUCUCGUCACCUUCGAGGAGGGCGAAGAUGAAAGCGAGUACGGCUAUGUUCGCAAGGUAUCCGGACCAGUGGUGGUUGCUGAUGGCAUGGGAGGAGCCGCGAUGUACGAGUUGGUUCGUGUCGGACACGAUAAUCUGAUAGGAGAAAUCAUUCGCCUUGAGGGUGAUUCAGCUACAAUUCAAGUCUACGAAGAAACAGCAGGAUUGAUGGUCAAUGACCCGGUUUUGAGAACACACAAGCCUCUUUCGGUGGAGCUAGGUCCAGGUAUUUUGGAGAAUAUUUUUGAUGGAAUUCAGCGGCCUUUGAAAGCUAUUGCACUUCAGUGUCAGGAUGUGUAUAUUCCUCGUGGAGUUGCAGUGCCUGCUCUUGAUAGAAAGAGGCAGUGGGAAUUCAAACCUAAAGGCUUGAGUAUUGGUGAUGCUAUUACGGGAGGUGAUUUGUAUGGGACUGUAUAUGAGAAUAGUUUGAUUGAGCAUCACCUGGGAUUGCCACCUGGUUCCAUGGGAAAAAUUACUUACAUUGCUCCUGAAGGAGAGUACUCGAUACAGGAUGAAGUUAUCGAACUGGAGUUCCAGGGAGAGAAAAAGAAGUUCACUAUGCUUCAGGCCUGGCCUGUCCGUACACCACGGCCUGUUGCGGAGAAGCUCGCCGCUGACACUCCCUUGCUCACGGGCCAGCGUAUUCUGGAUGCUCUAUUUCCAUCUGUCCUCGGAGGUACCUGUGCAAUUCCUGGUGCGUUCGGUUGUGGGAAAACAGUUAUUAGUCAGGCUCUGUCAAAGUAUUCCAACUCUAAUGCUGUUGUCUAUGUUGGCUGUGGAGAGCGUGGGAAUGAAAUGGCUGAGGUACUAAUGGAUUUUCCACAGCUGACAAUGACCUUACCUGAUGGUCGUGAAGAGUCUGUUAUGAAGCGUACCACUCUCGUGGCCAACACCUCAAACAUGCCUGUGGCUGCUCGUGAAGCAUCUAUCUACACAGGUAUCACUUUGGCAGAAUACUUCAGGGAUAUGGGUUACAAUGUCAGUAUGAUGGCAGACUCUACAUCUCGCUGGGCUGAGGCGCUUCGUGAGAUUUCUGGGCGACUUGCUGAGAUGCCUGCUGACAGUGGUUACCCAGCGUACCUUGCUGCAAGGUUGGCCUCCUUUUAUGAAAGAGCAGGAAAAGUGAAAUGUCUGGGAAGCCCAAACCGUACAGGAAGUGUUACUAUUGUCGGAGCAGUGUCUCCUCCUGGAGGAGAUUUCUCGGACCCUGUCACAGCAGCUACGCUUGGUAUUGUUCAGGUGUUUUGGGGACUUGACAAGAAGCUUGCUCAACGUAAACAUUUUCCAGCUGUGAAUUGGCUCAUUUCCUACUCCAAGUACACUCAGGCUCUCGAGGGAUUCUAUGAAAAUUUCGACGCUGAUUUUAUCGGGAUCAGGACGAAGGCUCGUGAGGUUUUGCAGCGGGAGGAUGACCUGAACGAGAUCGUGCAGCUUGUUGGAAAGGAUGCUUUGGCAGAAACUGAUAAAAUCACCUUGGAAGUUGCUAAACUCUUGAGAGAGGACUAUUUGGCGCAGAAUGCUUUUAGCAGUUAUGACAAAUUCUGCCCAUUCUACAAGUCUGUGUGGAUGAUGCGUAAUAUUGUCCACUUCAACACUCUUGCAAAUCAGGCUGUUGAGCGAGCUGCUGGCUCAGAGGGACAGAAAAUCACCUACAACAUCAUCAAGCAGCGUUUGAGUGAUAUUAUCUACCGCCUGGUGUCAAUGAAGUUUGAGGACCCCGCUGAUGGUGAGGAUGAGUUGACUGCGAGGUACAAAAAGCUGUAUGACGAUUUGACGGCUGGUUUCAGGAACCUAGAGGAUGAGUACCGCUAAGUGGUGCCAUUUUACAACUAUUCUCCCUUAGGGAAAACUUGAGUCUUUUGGCACUGUCGUGUAGAGCGAAAUGCUUGUAGUGGAGUGCAUUAUUUCAAUAUUGUUCCUUGUGCAAACAGCCGGUUGAUGUGGUUGUGCUAUGUUCUCGUAUCACUAAGCUUUUUUCCAGUGAUGUACCAAGAUCUGGUAAUUGAACUUGCAUGCGAUGCCUAUUUUCAUCCUCGA